AUGCAACUGAACUAUCACGCCACUUUUUGGGUUUUUGCAGCAGCCAUUUUGGCUGUUCCGAACGCCUUGUCCCUCCCUGGAUUAUUUGAUAAUUCUCAACAGCUAACAUCGAAGUUUACUUGCGAUCAACUCUCCGAAAAUUCAUGCCUUUACAACUUCUAUGCCGAUCAGAAAUCUGCGAUCACCACAAUGGUAGAUAGAAACUGUACCGACUAUGGCCAAGACCAUGUUUUUUUCAACAGGACUAAGUUGUUUUUCGUCCUGGAUGGUGGACCAGAACCUCUGAGAGAUCAUGUCUGGGUGUUGUCAAAUUUGACUCGGUUGAAUGCACCAGAAGCAGUAGUCAGCUUUACAUCACAGCUAUCACCUGAACUUCAGUGGCAGGACAAAAACUACAGGGUCUUAAGGCUCUUGAACGGAAACAUUGGUAAGCCCCCAACUGUUCCUUUGGGUAUAGAUCCGAGGACUUCAGAUAGUUAUGCGCUGGAGAUCCCAUGUUAG